AUGUUUGUUGGUCACAACUUUGGUUGUAACGAUAAAAUCGCCGUAACAAUAUUUCUAUUGAUGGCUAAAUUUGGUAAAAGUGUACAAAUCCCACUAUCAUGGAUUCCACAAAGUAAUGGAAACUAUCCAGAAAAUGCUAUUUCUGUUGGUGAUGGUGUUUUUGUUGUUCGAUCUAGGUUUAUAAACGAAAUACUUCCUGGAAAGCUUGUACCUAAACAAGGAAAAUGUUAUUGCUCUCACGGAGGUGACGAAAUAGAGUUAACAGAAUAUGAAGUUCUAUGUGAUACUUCAUUGAGUGAACUUGGGAAAGGAUAUGAAUGGGUAAAAUCUUCUAAUGGGGAAUACCCAAAACAUGCAAUUAUUGCUGGAUUCGGUUCUGAUGGAAAACCACUCUAUAUUGCGAAAGGAUACGUUGAAGAUAAUAUAUGCGUUGGGAAGUUACAUGAAGGUCAUAAAAGUGCCUAUAUGCCAUGGGGUGGACGGGAGAAUGCGAUUCCAGAAUAUGAAUGGAAUCACUGUAUUAACGAAAGUAUAUAUAAAAAAUAUAAAUAUAUAUUUAUCAUGGCUAAAGUUGGUCGAGGUUUGCAAAUACCACUUUCAUGGAUUCCAGGACGUGAUGGAUUUUGUCCAGCUGGUGCAGUUUCUGUUGAUAACAUAUGUGUUGCACGAAGUAAAUACAGUGGGGAAUUGCUGCCCGGAAAAUUAGUACCAAUGAAUGGAAAAUGUUAUUGUCCUUAUGGUGGAGCAGAACUAGAGUUUUACGAUUAUGAAGUGUUAUGUGAAACUUUUAUUCCUGGUUCUUGUAAAGGAUAUUGUUGGGAAAGAGCGUUUGACGGUAAUGUUCCAAAAAAUGCAAUUGUUGCUGGGAUAGCCAAAGAUGGUGAACCAUUGUACAUUGUAAAAGGUGUUGUGAAUAAUGAAACAUGUUUCGGAAAGCUACACGAAGGUCAUUCGUGCGCUUACUUACCAUGGGGUGGUAAGGAAUAUUCAGUCAAUGAAUAUGAUGUACUUGUGUGGCAGAAACAUUGA